AUGGUUGUAGCUGAAACUAUGAAUAAACCCGUCCUCAAAGUAUCGAUGGAUUCAGAAUCAGACUCAUCAAGUGAUGAGGAAUCAGAAGCGUCGGAAAAUAAUGAAAUAGAAGAGAAUGAAGAAGCUGAAGAUGGAAUUGAGGCUGAUGCUGAAAGCGAUGAUGAUGAGCAUGAAGGGGAGGCUUCAGAUGAGGAUGAGAAUGAGGAAGCGUCUGAUGCUGAAAGCGAUGGUGCAGGCAGUUCACAAGAUGCGUCAGACGAAGAUGAAGAUGACAAUGAUGGCCCUCUAGUAACUAACGAAGGCUGGGCAGAUUCUGUAGCAAAGAUCUUAGGAUCUACAAAGCCCAAAAAUAAGAAAACUUUAGUGUUAUCUAGAGCUAAGAAACAUUCAGAAAUAGUUAAAGCUGUUAAGGAAGAGAAACCUGCAUUUGAAGUUAUAGGGGAUGAGACUGAAGAGAAGAAGCCAGUAGUACUGAAGAAAGAAGCAGAGGUCUCGGAACCUCCUGCUAAGAAAGUGAAACACGAAAAACCAUCAAUACGAGUAAAACCAAACAUACUGGAAAAGGACAGAGAAAGAAUAUUAACAAAAAUAGCCACAAAAGGUGUUGUCCAACUCUUCAAUGCUGUUAGGAAUCAACAAAAGACCAUAGAAAAAGAAAUGGACAGAAAUGAUUUGUCCGAAGGCAAAAAAGAAAAAAUAUUAAAAAAGUUUGAUAAGCGGGCCUUUUUGGACACACUUAUGGGACAGAGUAAAUCAGUUAUUGUUGAUGAAGAAGCAAAAGUUGCAAAGAGUGAAGUUAAAGAUGAGGAUAAACCUAAAUGGAGCGCUUUGAGAGACGACUUCAUGAUGGGUGCCAAAAUGAAAGAUUGGGACAAAGAAUCAGUUGAUGAAUGA